AUAGCAACUAACAAUGAGCCAAUCAGAAGGCAAUCAGACAUCUGUUGCAUAGCGCGGACAAAACAGUUUCAGACUGUUUAUAUCAGAGAGUUUUACGUUUGACUAUCAUUUUUGAAGACAAGGACUGUUAAGGUAAGUUCUUUCGCUUUGGUGUCCUCGAUUUUUCCGAGAAAUAUUCGUUUCUCGGCGAAUUAACGUCCUCCAACAGAGUGCAAUCAGAUUGCAUGAUCUCCAAUUUCCCCUAUCGUGACGGAGAUAUUGUACACGUUGCAAAUUUUGUUUCAAGCUUUUUUUUUUGCUUUUCUGUUGCACUAAAAUCACAUUUAAGCGAAUAUGAACAUCGUUUCAUUCCAUUAUUAGCUCUCUGUGUUCCUCACUAAGACUGCGGCUGAUUUAAAACCACAGAACGGCUACGAAACUCAAUUUUCUCUUUGGCACAAGAUUUCAUCUCGUGCUCAAGGCAACUUGCCAUCAAAUAUCAAAGAGAAGCCUUUUUUUCUUGUGGACACAAACCUUUUUCAACCAAAUUAUUAAAACAUUCUUGUCUCCUUGUAGGAUCGAACAAUAUGGCGUCUAUUGUGUCUCCUAUCGCACAACCAUCAGGACCAAAAUCAGUUUCUCGACCCAAGCGCUGGAGCGAGGAAGUGGAAGAAGGUAUCAGAUACUUCCUUUUCUUCUAUGAACCUCACAAUAUUUAUCAUAAAAUGGCUAACUAUCAUAAAAUUGUUUUCCACUAUGACUUCUGAAGCAUUCACUAACUUUCUUUGUGAAAUUUGCUUUUUACUAGCUUACAGAUUUCAGAUCGCUGGCUAUAGAGAUGUCCACGAAUACCGCGAUGUCAAACAAAAAGAACCUGUAAGUUCCUCGAGAUUUUAUUUACUUCAGGAGUGUGUAUUGUUUUACUUCCUAGUCAUGACCCUUAAGACUUCUUUUUUGCGAGGUUUGAAACAAUUUAUGCGCACAAAAGGAGACAGAAGAACCUUCGUAAAUGAAAUUACUGUGGUGUUUCCUACGUGAAUACAUGUAGGUAUAAUUCGGGUUAGGCGACCAAAAUCCGUUUUCACCUCUAAGCAACGAGCUUCAGACCCUCUUUCCGGCCCCAUCAGGUUGAAGUUCUGCUCAACCCUAAUCUUUUUUUAUCUACAAAAUAAAGCUUAUCGUUAAGAUAAUCGUAAUUGCUUGAUGAAUUUUGUCAGGCUGUGACCCUUCGUGAGCUUCCCCAUGCCCACUAGUUAUUUUGGGGUUAUUGAGACACGUACAACUGGUGCUCCAGAGUGCGUUUAAUCUCUCCUAUGAAAUUCCAAAAAAGCGAUUUCUAACGAUAUUCGUCUUUAAAAGAAAGGUACUGUGGACAAGUUAGGUUCAUGCUGUUUUUCUAAGGCUAUCGAUAGUUUACUCAGACCCAUAAUCUUCUUUGUAACAAACAGAUUAUAAAUUCAAAUGAUAAACUUAAGUUCUCUGAUAAUGAUUAUGAUCCUUGUGUUUCUUGACUUAGGAUCGCUGGCCUCAUAAUGGCUAUGUAAAGAAACUUCAGCGCAAAGAUGGCUGCUUCAUUUACUUCGAUAAGACCAGAGAAUGCACUGACAAAGAUGUUUACAAAUGCAAAUUGUAUGGAUAUUAA